GGGAACCCGAUGUCACAUCCGGUCUCUUUUGGGCUUCACAGGGCUGCAGCAUGGCGGAUACCGGUGUGGCGGAGACGCUCCUACUGCGGGUUGAGAGAGUGGACGAUGGCGUGGACAGCCUGGAAGUGGCGACCAGCCUCGGGGUGGACCACCAGGUCAUCGUCGGUGCCGUGAAGAGUCUGCAGGCUCUCGGCGACUUAAUCUCGGCCGAGCAGCGCUCGUCCAAGAGCUGGGAGCUGACGGAGGAGGGCACGGAGAUAGCCGAGCAGGGCAGCCACGAAGCCCGGGUCUUCAGCUCCAUCCCGCUGGAGGGUCUGCCUCAGAGCGAGCUCAUGAAGUUGUCCUUUGGGAAGAUCGGCUUCAGCAAGGCCAUGUCCAACAAGUGGAUCAGGGUGGACAAGACACACGAAGGCGGCCCGAGGAUAUUCAAGACUGUGGAGAGCAUCGAAGACCAGGUCAGAGAGAAGCUGCUUCUGGUACAGAAAGGCAACACCUCUCAGCUGGAGGAGAAAGAAAAGAAUGAGCUGAAGAAGAGGAAACUGCUCUCUGAAGUGACGGUGAAGUCGUACUGGAUCGCUAAGGGCGCCUCUUUCAGCACCACCGUCACCAAACAAGAGACAGAGCUCACCCCAGAGAUGAUUGCCAGUGGCAGCUGGAAAGAGAAGAAAUUUAAGCCCUACAACUUUGAGGCCAUGGGCGUGCCCCCUGACUGUGGCCACCUGCACCCGCUGAUGAAGGUGCGAACACAGUUCAGGCAGAUCUUCCUGGAGAUGGGCUUCACAGAGAUGCCGACCAACAACUUCAUAGAGAGCUCUUUCUGGAACUUUGACUCCCUGUUCCAGCCCCAGCAGCACCCGGCCAGAGACCAGCACGACACCUUCUUCCUGUCCGACCCGGCACGCGCCCUUGAGUUCCCACAGGAAUACCUAGAGAGAGUGAAGAAGGUCCACUCAGAGGGAGGCUUUGGUUCACAAGGGUACAAAUACAACUGGAAGAUAGAGGAGGCUCAGAAGAACAUACUCCGCACUCACACUACAGCAGUCAGUGCACGCAUGCUGUAUAAACUAGCACAACAGGAGAAGUUCACCCCUGUCAAGUAUUUCUCAAUCGACCGGGUGUUCAGGAACGAGACCUUAGAUGCCACCCAUCUGGCAGAGUUCCACCAGAUAGAGGGUGUGGUGGCCGACUACGGACUCACACUGGGGGACCUCAUGGGAAUCCUGCAUCAGUUCUUCACCAAAUUAGGGAUCACCAAACUACGCUUCAAGCCUGCCUACAACCCAUACACAGAGCCCAGCAUGGAAGUGUUCAGCUACCAUGAAGGAUUAAAAAAGUGGGUGGAAGUAGGAAACUCGGGGGUCUUCAGACCAGAGAUGCUGCUGCCCAUGGGUCUUCCUGAGGAUGUGUCAGUAAUUGCGUGGGGGCUGUCUCUGGAAAGGCCCACCAUGAUUAAAUACGGCAUCAACAACAUCAGAGAACUGGUGGGACACAAGGUGAACCUACAGAUGGUCUACGACAGCCCUUUAUGCCGACUGGACUCCUGAGUUUAUCAUUAUUGUUUUGGAUGGACACACGUUACCUUUACAUACUGACACCUCAUUUCUGCGUCCCCCUUGAGAAAACUCUCUACCCUCUGAUUAUUAUUGCCAGCCCAAGCUCGGACAGUAAAAACGAGUUGGUCUGAGGUUGGUUCAUACAACACAGAUGGAUCACAGUAAACUGACUUUAAAGGACUUCCACACACAUUGGAGCAGCCUUUGUAUGAAGUGAAUACUGUUCUGCCAUGCAAAACAUCAGUGUGAGUCUUAACUUUGUUAGAUACAAAGUCAAGCUAUAUAUAUUUUUUUUUUUUUACAUCACCCUGCCUCAGUUACUACAGCAAAUGACCUACUUGUACAGGAGAAAAAAAUACUACUUUACACAAUAAAAAGCUUUUUUUUUUUCAAAUACCAA